AUGGCGGCAAGAUCUCUGUGGAGUACCCGUACGAGGCUCCUCGUCGUUGCCUCCGCCAUAUGCGGUGGUUCCGGCGCCGCCUUCAUUGCUUCCUCUGAAGACCCAUCAAGAACUCUCAAGCUCUGCACCAACAUCCCUGUUCGCCUCUUCCGCAACGCCGUAACAGCCGCCUCCAUAGCUUUCGAUUAUGAAUACUCGUUGUUGGGUUUGGCUGAGGGAAGCAGUGAGAAGGCUAAGGUCAAACAUGAAGUCCACUUAAGGUCAGCGCAAAAGCUUCAAGAGCUCUGUUUCAAAAAUGGAGGAAUCUAUAUCAAACUCGGCCAGCAUAUUGGACAAUUAGACUAUCUUGUGCCUGAGGAGUAUGUUCAUACUAUGAGGGAGUCUAUGUUGAACAAAUGUCCUGUUUCUUCAUAUGAGCAAGUAUGUGAGGUUUUCAAGAAAGAGGUUGGAGAGACACCAGACAAAGUGUUUGCUGAAUUUGACCCUGUUCCUAUUGCAAGUGCUUCCCUUGCUCAAGUUCAUGUUGCUCGCACCCAUAACGGGGAAAAAGUCGCUGUCAAGGUUCAGCAUGCGCACAUGACGGACACUGCAGCAGCAGAUACUGCAGCUGUUGGAGUUAUAGUGAACACCUUGCACAGGAUCUUCCCAUCAUUUGAUUACAGGUGGUUACUAGAUGAAAUGAGUGAAAGCUUACCAAAGGAACUAGAUUUUUUGGUAGAGGCGAAAAACAGUGAGAAAUGUCUGGAUAAUUUCAGGAAGCUAUCUCCCCAUAUUGCACAGUAUGUUUAUGCACCAACAGUCUAUUGGAACUUGAGCUCCUCUAAGCUGUUGACUAUGGAGUUCAUAGAUGGUGCUCAAGUCAAUGAUGUAGCUAAGAUCAAAAAGCUUGGGAUCCAGCCCUAUGAAGUAUCAAAGCUAGUGAGUCAAACAUUUGCAGAAAUGAUGUUCAAACAUGGCUUUGUGCAUUGUGAUCCACACGCUGCCAAUUUGAUUAUUCGUCCUUCUGGUAAAAGAAAUAUAUACGGCAAGCAAAAGCCACAGCUAGUGCUUCUUGACCAUGGCUUGUACAAGGAGCUCGACUUCAACACAAGAUUCAACUACGCUUCACUAUGGAAAGCCUUAGUCUUCUCAGAUGCUAACGCUAUUAAACAACACAGUGCUAAGCUUGGAGCUGGAGAUGAUCUCUACGUUCUUUUCGCUGGGAUUCUCACAAUGAGACCGUGGAAGCGAGUUAUUGACACAUCUGUGGAUCAUUUAGUCAUCCAAGGCAGUAAGGAAGAUAGGUCAGAGCUACAGAUGUAUGCUUCACAGUACUUCCCUCAAAUCUCUGAGCUUCUGAGGAGGUUGCCACGUGUGAUUCUUUUGAUGUUGAAGACUAAUGACUGUCUCAGGUCUGUUAACAAUGAGCUGGUGAGAGGUUCGUCGCUUGAGUCGUUCUUGAUCGUUGGGAAAGUGUCUUCUGAAGCGGUGAUGGAAGCGAAGUGGUCACAGAAGAAGUCAUUGGUGCAGUGGUUGAAGGUUUGGCUUGAAGGGUUCUCUGUGGAAGUGAGGCUUUGGGUGAUGCAGUUUGCUCUUUGGGUCUUGCAAGUGAGAAAGGUCUUGACUUUAUAGUGUAGUGUCAUGAGAUGAGAAAAUCUUACAGCCUGUUAUAUCUAUUCUUUGGUGUCCAAGAUUUACAUUUAUCAUUCUUUGUAUACACAGUAACACAGGUGGUUGUUAUGUUCAGUGGGAUUGGUAAGGUGGGAAAAUGCUUCUCAUAAAUCAAAAUGGAUGUUGGACAGAUUGGACAAUAGAACUUCAAAUAUAAAUGUUGUAAUACUGUUGAAAUGUAUGAACUUAAUGGUUCUAAAGCCAAAAUAAAUUUUAAU